UAAUUCCUGGGUUAGGCUAUUCCUAAAAGGGGAUAAUAAAUGAUGCUAUCGGCAAGGAAUAAAUAUCGUCGUUCUUCUUUUAGUGUAGCCUUAUCUUUAGCGUGUUCGAACUUUUAGUGCUCAAACAAAUUAUCCCUGUACAUGUAAAUGUCCUCUACUAUGUACUAUGUCUGACAAAUCGUCCAGGAAAGCAGAGCAGAAUAUAAGCGAAUAAGGUACCUAGGAACUCUGUUGGAUGUUGGUAAGCGGUCCCGGGUAGAUGCAAAACCAACCCCGCCACGGGCCACGUAUUUUCUUUGCCCUGUCGCCUCUCACAAUUGAGAUUUCGUGGAAAGGGCAAAUAUUACCACCAGCUGCAAUUUCAUAUCAUAAUUUGCGAUCAUUCGUAAAGUCUUCACCAUGACCACCAGCCUUUACAAGCAGACGGUCCCCGUCUUCAUCCACUAUUUAAAGAACCUGUCACAUUUGCUUAAAAAGGGUGCUCAAUUUUGUGAAGAGAAGGAAGGUAUGACAGCUGCGUCUAUGCUGUCAUUCCGCCUGGUUGAGGACAUGAGAGGACUUCCUUUCCAAGUUCAGAGCUGUUCCAACACAGUCAAGUCCACCAUCCAACGCCUUGGCAACCACGAGGUACCUGUAAUAGAGGAUACCGAAACCACCUUUGAGGAGCUGCAAGCACGAAUCGAGCGGACGAUUGAGAUCCUAGAGACGGCCAAGCCCGAAGCGGUAGACGCGUUUGGAGACAAAGAGGUGAUUAUGGAGACCAAGAUGGGCAACUUCCGCUUUGCAACUGGCCAGGAGUAUGUGUCGAACUAUGCGAUUCCGAACUUCCACUUCCACUUGACGUCGGCGUAUUGUAUUAUGAGGCACCUGGGCGUUCCUUUAGGGGCAUUUGAUUAUCUGAAGGACGUAUUCCACAAAGUUUGAGUUAUGAAAUCAGAUGAUCUUCAUCCGCAUGUGUCGAGACCUUUUGAUGCGAAUGAAUGGAUGCAGUCAGAGGGUUGGCAUGGUUUGUCAUAAUCCAAGUGUCAAGUAGAGUAACCAUAAUAUGAUAUAUCAAAAAGACUUAAUUGAGAACGGUAUGAGUUCGGCCUCGUUAUCAAUGUCAUAAAAUGACAAUAUGUACUGGACUUUGCUGUGGGGAAAAGAAUAUACUCAUUCUCUCCAUCAACCAUAGGUGUAUCAAUUUAUCAAUACAUCAUUGAUGUAUCAUUGGAAAGCAGUUCAAGAGAGC